CAGCAGCUGCUUCAUUUGGGCAACACUCACCUGCAGGAAAUGCCACCUGCCACUCUCCAAAAGAACUCAGGUCACGCAGCAAGGGAAGCCUCAGAACCUGUCCUGCUCACUUCUCCCUACAAAGAGGCAUGGCAAGAGGAAAUCUACAGCUGCUGGGUAAGAGGAAGUAGAGGGAGGGAGGAAAAGGAGGAGCGGCAGCAGAAUCAGGAGGAGAGGAAGAGGGAAGGAGCGAAUUAACAGCACGAGACCCCGGGGCUCCCUGAACUCGCAGCGCCCCCGGGACCAUCGCCCCCCAUCCUGCAGGAUUUCUCAUUCCCAAGCCUUUGCCCAGUGGAGGAGGAGGAGGCUGUGAGGAAGAGGAAGAUGGCCCAGGAGCCCCAGGCAGACAAGGAGCUGAGCACGGAGACCAGGGAGGACAAAUCCCUGCGGCAGAACCUCGUGGAUGAGGCUGACUGGAGCAGCUCCAUGGUGCAGGAAGCUAACGGGGAGGCAAAGCUCCGCAGAUCCUGCAUGAGGAGGGACUGCAAACGCAGGUCGCCGGGUUCUGAGGAGGAAAGACCCAGCCUGGGCUGGGCAGGUGGCUGGAGAUUGAGCCAGAGCUCGGACGUGGUGGUCCAUGGGCAGCUUCAUGAUAGGGAGAAGCCCCACAAGUGCUCAGUGUGGGAUGAAUUUCAGAAGGAGGUACAGCCUGACCUGCCACCAGAGGAUCCACACUGGGGAGCAACCCUAUGAGUGUGGAGAGUGUGGGAAGAGAUUUAGAGUCAGCUCCCACCUUAUCCAGCACCAGAUGAUCCACACUGGGGAGAGGCCCUACGAGUGUUCUGAGUGUGGGAAGAAGUUUCAGCUCAGCUCCACUCUCCUCGUGCACCAGCGCACGCACACAGAUGAGAAGCCCUUCCGCUGCCCCGACUGCGGGAAGGGCUUCAGGCAAAACUCCAACCUCAUCAUCCACCGGCGCAUCCACACCAGGGAAAAGCCCUACGAGUGUGUGGAGUGUGGGAUGAGCUUCAGCCAGAGCUCCAGCCUGACCCACCACCAGAGGAUCCACACUGGGGAGAAGCCCUACAAGUGUGAGGAGUGUGGGAAGAGCUUCAGAGUGUGCUCUGCACUGAUCUACCACCAGUACAUCCACACUGGGGAAAGGCCAUACAACUGUGGGGAUUGUGGGAAGAGCUUCAGACAGCGUUCCAACCUAAUCCUCCACCAAAGGAUCAACACUGGAGAGAGGCCCUACAAGUGUUCUGAGUGUGGGAAGAGGUUUCGCAUCAGCUCUGAUCUCCUCCAGCACUACCAGACACACACGGAGGAGAGGCCUUUCCACUGCUCUGACUGCAGGAAGGGCUUCAGGCAAAUCUCCCACCUCAUCAGCCUCCAGCGCAUCCACACUGGAGAGAGGCCCUACAAGUGUGGGGAGUGUGGGAAGAGCUUCUCCCAGAGCUCAACCUUGACCAAACACCAACAGAGGCACCGGUAGGGGAAGCCCUGCGAGGGCAGGAAGAGCUUCAUGCACUGCUCCAACUCUAUCCCCUACUGCAGGACCCACAUUGGGCAGAGCCCUGGGGACCCCCAUUCCCUGGGAUCCAUGUUGGGAAGACACCUGGCUGGUUAUCCUUUUGUUUGGACCUUAAUUUUUGUCUUUUCUCCAUCUCUUUUUGCACCAAAGCCAAGAAGGAUCGAUCUGUCACCUCAAAACCACUCAAAUACCACUGAAAUGCUGUUAAUUGCUGUAGAUCUGUUGGUAGAUAAAGUUAGCAUCGAGAGAUAAAAGAAACAAUGGGAGGCAUUCCACUGAUUGAUGAAUGGGAAAAGAGAUUUGCCUUUAGAAACUGUAGGUUUGCUGGUAAAUGAAAUUGGGUAUUGGAAGAUGAAAGAAGCAAUGGGGUGGGGCGGGGGAAACUAUGAAUUCUAUAAGAAUUAAAAAUUAAAAGGGAGGGUUAUACAUUAGAGGGGAGUCUCAGGUAUCAGGCGUUCCAGGAAGUCUGUGCCUCUCAAGUACCUCAGCCCAUGGGGAAAGAGAGAAAAGCAGUCGGGAAAUUGGGUUAAAAAGGAGGCUGCAUCUUCCAAAAAUUGGAGAGAUCACAGGGGAAUGCCCCAUGACCUCUCCCUUUAUUUGAAUAAAGCAAAAAGGAGUCCUCUGUCUCCUUUUUGGGCAUAAACCUCUGGUGUUUGUGGAUUAAUUUUCCUUACACACCCACUAACUAUG